AAACUAUCCAAAACAAUAUGGCUGACGGAGUCCCUUCCAUUCCUCGUCAAAGUUACUAGGUGUGUUUUCUUUUCUGAAAAAUGAAGAUGGAUCACAGGAUGUUAAACCCUGCUGCUGAAAUAGAAAAAUUCUCCAAGCUUGGAACACAAGAUCUGCAAAACAACCAUCUAGAAAGAGCUCUAGAAUCAUUCAAGUAUGCAUACAAACGUUCAAAAGAACUAGAUGAUGACAGUUACACUGAGAGAGCCUGUGCGUUUAAUUUAGGUGCCGUUUACAUUGCUCUUGGAGAUGGAAAGAAAGGGAUUGAACUCCUCAAUAAAGCAUUGCCUCCAGAUAAUGCCAGGGAAGGGAGGUCUAAUGGGGACCUGUACUUUAACCUGGGACUGGGACAUGAGAUGACGGGGAAUACAGAGGAAGCUGUCAGAAGUUAUAAAAAGGCUUUGGAGGAGUAUAAAAUAGAGAGGGAUAAUGUCCAAAUGGAGGCAGAAACACUGGAGAAAUUAGGUCAGCUGUAUCUAAAAACCAGAAACAAAUUUACUACAGAAACUUUUGAGCAGUUGGCCCAGACCUAUGAAAUUUUGAACAAUCCAUCUAAGCAGUUGUGGGCGAUGACUGAGAAGGCCAACCAACAGUUUGCCAAUGCCCUGGCUGAAGAGGCUGAGAAAACAGCAGAGGAGUGUCUGAAACUGGCAGAAAAAUGUGGCCCCUCUGUCAAUCUAGGCACCAUCUACAAUGACCUAGGACUGAUAUUUACUCAGAGACAGAAAUAUGAUCAGGCAGUUUCGUGUUUUGAGUUGGCUUUACCAAUGGUGGAGGGCCCAGAAGGGGAUGAGAAGCAGAUGGCGGUACUUCUCCAGAAUCUUGGAGCUACAUACAACUUUUUGGGGAACUAUCAGAAAGCUGUAGAGUACCACGAGAAGGCUGGGGAUAUGUAUGCUCGAUUACGUAACAGAAAUAGCCAAGGACAGUGUUUCGCCAACAUGGCUUUUGCCUACAGUCAGCUUGGAGACAUAGCCAAUGCAGGAGAGGCCUUUUUACAUGCUCUACAGGCAGCCAAGGAUUCUGGUGACAAGAGAACGCAGUGGCAGGUCAGUGAAGGACUGGGGGCAGUGGCUUUUAACCAGAAUAACAUCAAGAAAGCCGUGGAGUACUUUCAGAAAGCCCUGACCCUGGUGGCGUCCUCCGAACCUUCCAACACGGUGGCCCAGAACCGCAUUGUAGCCAAGAUAACCCUGGCUCUACAGACACAGGUCAAGAAGGAGACCGCACCACCUGUUAGGGUGAGAAGAGUGGCAAACCGCACUGAGACUGGGGUUAGCAGAACACCGGUACAUGAACCUCUCAUAAAGAAAGAGGUGGCCAUUCCAGUGAAAGCCAGCUCCACUCCCAUGGGAUCCCCCCGCAGGCAUCAAAGAAUUAGCAUUCCACAGAAUGAUGAAAUAAGACAAGAAGCCUUCAGGAAAUCAAAACGUGUCAGCUAUGGGUUUGUACCAGUUGGCAGGAAAGGUUCCUCCCUGAGAUAUGAAAAGGUAGCCAGAGGGCUCAGUAAGGAUACCAUUAUAACGGAAAGUAUCCGAUCCAGCACACGGAACUCAAUGAUGGAGAUAGAAUCCGAGAAAGAAGAAGGUACGGGGGAUUCUGAAGAAGAAGGUUCGGGGGAUUCUGAAGAAGAAGAAGAGGAAGACAACUCUGAUAUUGACAAGACCAUCCACAAGACAGAGAUGGCAGAAACUAUGCAGGGAAGAGCCAGCAGAAGCAGUACUGGGAGGUCAAGUGUGAUGAAUACCAAUAGAAGACAGAGUACAAAGAUGGCUCAGAUCCAAGGUCUUCACAACCAAUCAUCUGAUUCCUCAUCUGACUCAUCAUCUGAAUCUUCAUCGGAAUCAUCAGAUGACACAGCAGUGAAUGAUGAAGAGGAUGAUAAAAAGGCUUUUACGGAGGCCUUGAAGAAACAGUUAGAUAAACAUGACAGUGACUCAGAUGUAUCACAAAAGAACACCAGAGAUAAGACAAAACCAAAGCAAGCUAAAGAGGAAAGUGAAAGCUCUGAAGAUGAAGCUCCCCCUCUUCCAACCCAGUCCCCUCCCCAGACCAAACUCCUGGGAGGGACCUACGAGACACCACAGAGGGUGCAGGACAAAAAACUCCACUACGCUGACAUAGAGCAUACAGGAUCACCCAAGUCAGGAGGUGAGAGAUUUGUCAGGCACUCUGAACAUAGCUCACAUCCUAAUUUCUUGAGUGAUCAGGCUGAUAGCUCCAGUAGUUCAGAAGAAAGUGAUGAUGAUGAUGAUGAUGGCAGUGAAGAUGAUCAUCAGAAAUCAUCUGCUAGGGGAAAUGAGGGCUUGGAGGCUAGUGGGACCUAUCAUGAAAUAGAAAUGGGGUCAAUGCAAGGCUCAAGAACAGCAACAGAAGAUGAUCCUCUGUACCAAUCCAUUCCAGCCAGAUCGGACACGGCAAGAACACAGGAUGACGAGGUGGACACGCCCACUUUUGAGAAAGGGCCGCAGUUUAGAAACUUCUCGGAAUUGCCGCGGGGAAUGAACGUAGAUUCUUCCGCUGCUGAAUCGGAUGUUUUCCACUAUGAGCAACACCAAAGGAUGGCCAGGGAGAGACAAGCACAGCAAGACCAAGAAAACGGCAGUAAAGAUAGCAAAACCUGCUCUGUGAUGUGAAAUAAAACAGUUUUUUUCUGCAUUAGGUGUUGUAAACAAAACUAUUUAUCAUGGAGUCAAAACCACUAUUGUAAAGAAUUUAAAUAUUGUUUCGUUUAAUUUAGAUCUUGAUGUAUCCGCUGGCAAUGCUGUCAAUUUUUUGCCAUAAUAAUGAUGCCAGUUUUGAAUAAAAUAAGAUGAUUAUGUUUAAAAAUACAUGUAUUGAAAUUAUGCUCAUGAUACACAUAUGCAUUCCACCACAUAUAUGUCAAAAUAAGUGUUGUAAAUGAUACGUGUACGUUCUAGAUUAAGAUUUGUUUUGAUCAGCAAACAAACUUUUAGAAUACGGUCACAUGAGAAAAAAUAUUGAAAAUGAUUUCAAUAUAAUGAUUUUUAACUUUUAAACAACACUCUAGUAUGUUCAUUAAUUAUUUUGUAAAUAGUACUUGAUAUUUUUUAAUUUAAUUUGCUACUGGGAAGAUUUUUAACGCUUAAGUGGAUUGCAUUAAUUUAUACAUUUAUAAAAAGUAAUUGGUAGAAGUGUUAACAUUUAUACAGGAAUUUUAUUUCCGACAGUGCUUGAUUGAAGCAAAGAGUAGAUUGUGAUAUAUUAAUAUGACAUUGUUAGGUAUGCCUAAUGUUUAUCUUUUACGCAAAAAUAUAAUAAAUCAUACGACAGAAAAUAACACAACUAAUAGCAAUCAGCAACAACAGGUGCUCGGUGACAGAUCCCCCCCCCCCUUUGUUCCGUACCCAAAAGAUUCUUUGACUUUUUUUAAUAAAAUAGUUUUCUGUGACAUAUUCACAGCGUAUUACAACUGAAAUAUCCAAAAUUUUAAGCUAAAACUAGCUAACUCUCUGAUAAUAUUAAAUAGUAUGAAUUUUUAGUAAAGGCUAGUUUUAGCUUAACUUUAGGAUUUUUCGGUUGUAAUACUUUGUGAAUAUGACAUAGAAAACUACCCCCGGUAUUUUAUUUUUAAAAAGUCAAAGAACCCUAGGGGUACGGAACACAGGUGGAACACCGUCCCCUAGCACCUGAGCCUGGAACUAAAGUAUGAGAAUUAUAGGUAAAUUAUACUCCUAACAAGAACUUUCAAUUAAGAGUAUUAAGGAAUUUUUGUAUGUAUAUUUGUACACAUUUGUAAGAUUUGUCUGUGAUAUUUGUUUCAUGCAAAAUGAGAUUCAUUCCUAAAAUAUUGAAAUAAAGUAGAUUAAAUCACAUAUAUGCAAGAA